AUUCCACUCUGCAAGGGCACGGGGACCCACAGCGACAGCUGUCCCCAAAGAACCCCUGAGAUUGGGAAUUGAAGUGAAAGAGAAUCCGGAUUUCCUGUGCAUGAUUGAGGGAACGGACAGUCUUCUUGUCCUCAGGCGAGGGAGCGUUUUGUAGGUGCUCCAGGAGUUGAGGUGCUUCCUGCUUCUUUGAAGAUGCCCCACAAACAGCCGCCUCAUAAGCAGAGCAUCACCAUGGGAAGAGGAGCCAGGAAGAAAGAUGAAGAUUCAGGGACCGAUGUAGGGGAAGGGACAGAUGAAUGGGCCCAGUCCAAAGCCACAGUUAGACCCCCUGACCAGCUGGAUUUGACUGAUGCGGAGCUAAAGGAGGAGUUCACCCGGAUUCUGACAGCCAACAAUCCACACGCACCCCAGAACAUUGUCAGGUACAGCUUCAAAGAAGGCACAUAUAAGCUAAUUGGCUUUGUGGACCAACUGGCAGUUCACUUCAGCCAGGUCGGGAACCUGAUCCCCAAGGACUCGGAUGAAGGCCGGCGACAGCACUACCGUGAUGAGUUAGCAGCAGGUUCUCAGGAGUCUGCCAAGGUGGUGAUUUCAGAAACGGAAAUCCUUGAAGAAGAAGAAGAGCCCAAGGAAGCCGAAGCUGGGAGUCAGACAGAUGUGCCUACUGCUGAGGCAUCUGAGAAAGUGGCUGAAGAAGAACUGAUAACUCCUAAGCAACCCAAGGAGCGAAAGCUCACCAACAAGUUCAACUUCAGUGAGAGGGCGUCACAGACCUUCAACAACCCCCUCCGGGACCGAGAAUGCCAGAUGGAGCCUCCUCCCAGGACAAACUUUUCAGCCACAGCCAAUCAGUGGGAGAUCUAUGAUGCCUACGUAGAAGAGCUCGAGAAGCAGGAAAAGACCAAGGAGAAGGAGAAGACGAAAACCCCAGUGGCUAAAAAAAUGGGGAAGAUGGCCAUAAGGAAGAUGACAUCUAUGGAGUCUCAGAGUGAUGACAUCACCAAAGUGACCCAAGCUGCUAAAAUCGUGGAGCGGAUGGUCAACCAGAACACCUACGAUGAUGUUGCUCAAGAUUUUAAGUACUACGAGGAUGUUGCUGAUGAAUACCGGGACCAGGAGGGUACGCUGCUGCCUCUCUGGAAGUUCCAAAAUGACAAAGCCAAGCGGCUGGCCGUCACCGCCCUCUGCUGGAAUCCAAAGUAUAAUGAUCUGUUUGCAGUGGGAUAUGGCUCCUAUGACUUCAUGAAGCAGAGCCGGGGCAUGCUGCUGCUCUACAGCAUGAAGAACCCCAGCUUCCCCGAGUACAUCUUCAGCAGCGAGAGCGGCAUCAUGUGUCUGGACAUACACGUGGACCACCCCUACCUGGUGGUGGUGGGCCACUACGACGGCAACGUGGCCAUUUACAACCUCAAGAAACCCCACUCCCAGCCGGCCUUCCGCAGCUCGGCCAAGUCCGGCAAGCACACGGACCCCGUGUGGCAGGUCAGGUGGCAGAAGGAUGACAUGGACAACAACCUUAACUUCUUCUCAGUGUCAUCUGAUGGAAGGAUCGUGUCUUGGACGCUUGUGAAGAGCGAGUUGGUUCACACCGAAGUCAUCAAGCUGAAGGUGGAGGGCAGCAGCUCGGAAAGUCUCGAGGGCUUACAGAUCCACACAGUGGGCUGUGGCACCGCCUUUGACUUCCACAAAGAGAUCGACUACAUGUUCCUAGUGGGCACAGAGGAGGGGAAAAUCUACAAGUGCUCUAAAUCCUACUCCAGCCAAUUUCUGGACACCUACGAUGCCCACAACAUGGCAGUGGAUGCUGUGUCCUGGAACCCGUACCACACCAAGGUCUUCAUUUCCUGUAGCUCCGACUGGACGGUGAAGAUCUGGGACCACACUGUCAAAACCCCGAUGUUCAUCUAUGACCUAAAUUCGGCCGUGGGCGACGUGGCCUGGGCGCCAUACUCUUCCACUGUGUUUGCGGCAGUCACCACCAAUGGGAAGACCCACGUGUUUGACUUGUCCAUCAACAAAUACGAGGCCAUCUGCAGCCAGGCUGUGGUGGCCAAAAAGAAGAACAAGAUCACCCACGUGCAGUUCAACCCCAUCCACCCCAUCAUCAUCGUGGGCGAUGACCGUGGGCACGUCACCUGCCUCAAGCUCUCGCCCAACUUGCGCAAGAUGCCCAAGGUACAGUUCUGGCUGCCACGAGAGAAAGUCUCCAGGAUGGUGGGGGCUGAGAGGAGGAGGAGGAGGAGCCAGGGAGUGGCCCCCAGGUUUCUGGCUUUGGAGACCCCAGGGGAAGGGUGAUGUCACUGCCCAAGUGAGCAGUAUGGGAGAACCAGAUUUGUGGGGAGACAGAUCGCUUCUGACAUGCUGAACUGAGUUACCUGUGGGGCGCCCAGGUGGAGACCUCAGGUAAGCAGAUGACCGUAAGCAUCCGACGCUUGGGGGAGUCACGCGAGCAUCAGUGGUUUGUUUGGUGUCAGACAGGCCUGGGGCUCGAGGCUUAGUUUCUGCUUCAUCAUCGGCUAGGCUUGCACAGGGCUUCAGCGCCAACAGUCCCCGAUCUGGGAGCUGCGGGUCCACACAGGGAAGUAGGAAAUGAGCCUUGAAGAGGGUAACUAGGUCAGCGGCCAGGCAGUCCUCCUUUUAAGCCCUGUUUCCUUUCUGGGAUCUGUAAUGAUCCGAGACCCUGCCCAGAGCCCAAGGGCCCUGAAUGCAGGCCACAGAGCCCAGAGCCAUGACCUCAAAGUCUAGUCGUCAGAGUCCCAAUGUAGAUUUAAGAACCCAGACUUAGAAUUCAGAGCCCAAGAACCCAGAACCCAGUCCAUCUGGGUGCUAGAAGGGAAAAUGGAAUUUGCUUUCUGCCAGGUCCUGGGCCAGGAAUCAGAGCAGGGCCAGGGCUGGACCAAGUUGCCCUGAUGACCGUACUUCCUGGUUGCAAGUUGGGAUAUUUACUUGCAGUUUGAUGCAAGGGCAGGGGGCUGUCUCCUUCAGCUACUGACACCUGCCCCCCAGCCCCUACCAAGGCAGGGGUCACUGCAUCAUCCUUCUCAGGCAGGCCUGGUCCAUUCCCCACCAUGGCCAGGGAGGCAAGGGCUGGGAGUUUGGCUGGGCCUGUAAUUGUAGGCAGCUGGGGGAGGGGGUGGACUUGGCUAUAAAUACUCAGAAGGCUGCUGAAUGCCUGCAGCU